CUCAACCAGAGUCCAGUACAAUUGUAGGAAAAACACACUAACGUUGUAACCAAUCUUGGAUGCCAGUAUAAACGGAUAUUUGUUUUCAAGCAAAGGGCGUAUUGAUAAGGCAAACAUGAGCAGUUUUAGUCGCCCCGACAGACACAGGACACCGUCAUUCACCAGGGCAACACACUUUGGAGCAUCCAAGUCUGACCUGGAGAGAGAUUCGGGGUUCUCAGAUGCCAGCUCUGAGCACCUUAGUACAGUCGAUCUGACUGAAUCUGAAGAUGCAAGAAGGAAUGGGUCCAUAGUCGGCCAGGACCCGAUUGGUCCGCAGAUGGUUGUGAUGGAAGGCUCAUAUGCUGGACUCUCUCCAAUGAUCAUCAUGAAUAACUUUGUAUUAAAGCAGUCAUCCGCGAUGGCUCCAGCAGAAAAACAGUGGGGCUUUCCUUCACCCUUGGAAGUGAUGCCUCAGUCACAGAUGGUUCUCCUUCAAACCAUGGUAUCAAAUGGUAGCAGCAGCUCCUCAAACACGGGUUCUGAAAGUAUCCGACAAUCAAAAAGCUACAUGCCCAUCCUCAAGUCAUAUCCCAAAAUCGCCCCACACCCAUCAGACAAGCCCACUAAGAGGGUGGGAUCCUCCAAGGUGAGGGUGAGUUCAACAUCAGGACAUGACCAUCGACAGAAGAGGCGCCACCAUGGCCACAGGCUCUACAGCUCCCCCAGCCUGCAGCCAGCACUGCAGACUACAAUCAAAUCCAUCUCAAGCUUUGAAGCAGCAAACAACCAGUCACAGGCAGCUGAGAGUCAGGACAGUGAUGAGUCUCUCUCCGAGCUGACAGGGAGCAACUCUCCGCUCCCCUACACGGAUGACUUCAUGACAGACAUUGACAGCAACAGGACGGAUGCUGACCAGGACGACGCACUCUCAAUGGACGUUAACAAACUGAAACGUUUCAGUAAUACCUACAACAUUCUCAACAAAUCUGGCUUGCUGGGGAUCACCAUGCGCACACAGCAGCUGAUCAAGGAGAAUAAGCGCACCCAAGGCCAGCUGCAGCAGCUCCAGGAGCAAACGGUUCUGCUGCUGGAGGCUCAGAGCAGCGGAGACCCGCAUCUCUGGACUAAACUGCACCUCUCUCUGCGGCACACAGACAAGGAGCAAUGUGGAGCCAAAGCUCAGAGAGUCCUGGUGUAAUGUAGUGAUGGACAUGACCAGCGGUUCUCAAUCAGAGGGUCACAAGAUGAUUUAUUGAAUGUGAAAAUAUACAUCUCAAAUCUGUCUAACUAAAGCUGUCUUUGUGUAAAAUAGUCUAGUUACAAUAUCUAGCAUUAUACAUAAAAAAGCAAUAACAUAACUAAACUAUACUUUCAGGCAGGACAGUAAUCAUCUAAACAUUCAGAACUGCUGGUCUAAUAUGAAGCAGAAGCACAUAUGAAAACCAAGUGGGAGUUAAGUAGCAUGCUUACAUUUCAAACCCUGGCCUAUAAUUAAUUUUCUUGCCUCUGCUUUAUCAAAAUAGGACGUAUAGUAAGUAUACAUUACAUAUGAAGGCACAUGGGGUUACUUCUUUAUGCAUGCCCUGAAUGGGAUGGCUGUAGAGAAAAUAUAACAGUCAUUUCUAAACCUGGUGUGGAUACAUUUGGCCUGUGUUUCAAUUUCCUCUUUACUGACAUCUUUAAUCAACAGGACAAUAUUGUGUCCAUUUACCUUGUUUUUAAAUUGGAUGUGAAAUGAAAGUGAAUAAGCAGAUUACUCCUUUGUGAGGAAGUACAUAUACCAACAGCUUGUAUUCUCAAACACCAGCUUGGUAGCUCAGUGAGCGUUCUGAUGGCUGGCAAAACCAUAACAUUGUUUCCUUUUUUUUAUAUAAUUUUAUUACUUCCGAGUCACUACUAUUUAUUUAUUUGUAAACCAACGUGAAUAUACAUGUUUAUUUGGAUGCCUGUGCCUUUUUAAAUAUGAUUCAUGUUUGCACUUCACUGAGCAGCUUAAAUUGUGAGCUUCAUGUGGAAGAAAGUUGAAUGUACUUUAAGGUUUCCAAAGAUUUGAUAUUCAUAUCUGAAACAAAACAAACCAUGUCCUGGCUAGAUGAUAAGUCCAGAGUUAAUGAGAACAACAUGAAGACAAGUUAAGUCAUUAAUGUUUCAGUUUUAAAUGUUAAGUUGAGUUAACUGUUGUAUUAUUUAUUUUAGCAAAAAUAUGCUGCCGUUGCAAUAUCUUCUAAUCACAAGUAUAAAACUAAGAAAUAAUCAAACUAGCCUUAGUUGUAAAAUGGGCAAAAGGAGGAUUACAAACAACAUUUUAGGAUUACUAUUCAGAGAUUGCUUUUUUUCCUAUUAUUGUGAAAAGGGCUUUCUGUGUUUAAUUUAGCAAAACUUUGACUGAUAAUGGACUGUCAUAAAACUCUGUUUGAAGACCAUUUCCUCUCAGUCAUUGAUUUCACUUUCCUAUCUCAGAAUGUGUAGUUUUUAAAAACACAGAACGUCUGUUGAGAU